AUGGCCAACCUCCCCACACCACAACACCUCACCACCGCCAUGGGGCCCGCCUCAGCGUACGACGAGCCCGGGACCGACCGGCACCGCAUCAUGGUCAUUGUCGCCAGCAUCGUCUGUGGAGGAUUGGCACUCCUCAUCAUCCUCCUCCUCGCGUGCCAAUACGUUGCGCGCAAGCGCUGGGUCCCCCGCAAGGCUCAGCGCGCUCGCCAGGCCGAGUACGAUGCCGCGGCCACCGCUGUGCUCGUCGUGCGCUCAACAACAUGGUCUAAUCUGGACUCGACGCAUCGAAUCAUCGAGGCGUCAAACCCGUCAAGACCUCCGUGUAUGUAA